AUUCCUCUUGUAAGCCCAUAUUUAAUUCACCAUUAUCCCCGGCUAGUCGCCGAGACUUUCACGUCGGAAGAGUGACACCGGGGCUAGCGCGUGACGAGCGAUGGGAGAUGACGAAGCGCGUAGUUGGAUUCGCGGAGACGAGACGGCGAAGCAGAUGUUAUCAAGGGUUCUUAAGGACCGUGCGUUCCUGCUUAUUCCGCCACUUCACCGUGUACCUUUACGCGCCGGGAACGUAGUCGAGAUCACCGGCGCAUCUACGUCAGCGAAAACUCAAAUCCUGAUUCAAGCUGCGAUCAGUUGCAUUCUUCCUAAAACGUGGAACGGCAUUCACUAUGGAGGAUUAGGGAAACUGGUUUUGUUUCUCGAUUUGGAUUGUCGCUUUGAUGUUCUCCGGUUAUCUCAAAUGCUCAAGCAUCGUCUUCUUCAAGCUAACUGGUUAGGAAAUGGAGCAUGGUGGCAACUUGAGGAGUCAAAUGUUAAGAGUUGCAAAUCUGCAGAAGAGAAGACAAAGACUGUGUUUGAUGAGGAGUUAUAUGCUUCAUGCAUGAAAAGGUUUCUGUAUGUUCGUUGCUAUGAUAGUCUUGAACUAUUGUCCAGUCUCAAGUAUUUCACUGUGUUGCAGACAUUGCAUUACCGGAUCCAACAACAGGAGGCGUGUGGAAGUCAAGUCGGAGUGCUUAUGAUUGACAGCAUUGGUGCUUUUCACUGGACUGAUCGUCUAUCAUCAUCAUUGGCAUUGGAGACACAUAACAGGAAGAGUUUGUCCCUUACGAAUGUGGUGGAGACGAUAGUGCAAGAGUUGAAGAAGCUCCUGCUGGUACAUUCGCUGGUAGUACUUGCCACUAAGGGUACAAUUUACGAAGAAAAGUACCCAGCAAAUGAGAAUAAUCGGAAGGUCUCCUCAAACGACCAUUUUUCAGGGAAUGUUGCAAGUAAAGCUCAGCAACCUCCAUUUCGUGAAUUCAUGCCUUCUUCUUGGCAGGCAUUUGUAACACAUAAGAUCAUCAUACGAAAAUCAGCUGAUUAUCAGUCUUUACAAACGGGACAACAAAAUUUGUUGGCAUAUUCACUUGAAUGGUUACAACCGCAACUUAGUAGAAUAGACCGCUUCAUAGUAGACGAUGUAAGGAAACUUACGACCAUAAAACCAUUUUACUCUAAACUAUUACUCAUAUAUAUUGUUAUUCCUGCUUCAUCAUCUCAUGCAGUCUGGUAUUGUCAUUGUCUCGUGACCUAGAGAUUUCAUUUCAGGUAUUCUUCAAUAUCUAUCUUUGAGAGACUCACACAUGUUUGGAAGUAUGUAGAAACCAUAAACUAUUGUGAAUGAAAAGUUAGCUAUUAGCUAAGCAGCAUGUAGCAAAAAUCGCCAGAUGUAAAGUUUAUUAUAAUUAUUUACAUCUGAAAGAGGAAAACUCUGGACAGCAAAAGGUAAAUUUGUCUUUCUUUAUUUUUAUCUUUACUUGAUUAGGUUAUUUUUACAAAAUAUGGGUAACCUUAUCUUAGAUAUAAAAAGAAAGGAUAUAAUACUUACACACACGUUUUGAAAUUGAAUUGGAUUGUAAAUAUCUUUCUAAAUUUGCUUAUAAUAUAUUUUCAUGAUAUGACAUCAAAGUCUUUGAAAUUGCAACUGCACGUGUUAAUUUUAUACCUCAUUGUUAGAAAACCAUACUUUUUAACUUUAACCUUUACCUUCCUAUAAACUUGAAAGUGAUUCUUAAUGGGACAUCACUACAGGCCUUAGCACUUAGGAGGAGUUGUGUUGCAUUUUUUCGACAUCAAAAUUAUUACAAGAUUUUGCUUAUGGACUCUGUACAGUCAUCAGUUUUUUUUGGUGGUUACUUUUCUUCUUCCAGAAAUUUUUAUCUCGUUUUCACCGCAUUUAUCUUUUCUUUUUGGAGUAAAACUUCAUCUUGGAAUUUAGCAGAUAAGAGUCUUCUUGACUCAUCUUAUGGAAAAUUAGAAUGAUAAACUUGGAUUUAGGAAUCAUUAUUGUUUUAUGUAAUAAUUAGGUUUUACAAGGAGUGGGAGUAGUCAAAUGCCUUUGGAUACUUGAUGAGAUUAAACAAUAAAGUAAUAAAACUAAACUUGUUUGUUUUAAAAAGAAAUAUCAGAAUCAAUUUCAUAGGACUUCCACUACAAAGCUUUUAAGUGUUGGAUCUGAUAUGUGAUGUGAAACUAAAAAAUUAUCCAUAUUUCUUCAUAUGUAUCCUUUUUUUUUUUUUUUUGGGAA